CUCUCUGCUUACUUCUUGACUGCGGCUAUGGCGGCUGUGGCCUCACUCGCGUCAUUCUCGAGUGUUACAUCAAGCAGGACUUUAGCCACACCCGGGUUGCUGCUUCGGAAAUGCAAUCGGAACUCCGAGCUCUGUGUCGCCGCUCCCCAACACCCACUUGGGUUGCUGCGAGCAUCCUCUCAAGACAAUGUUCCUGCGGAGAUCCGCGACGACCCCAAAUUCGUCGCUAUAAACGACGAUGAUCCAAGCUACGGGCCUACAGCAAUGCUCUUGGUGGGAUUUGACAAUCACGAGAUUCCCAAGGUGAUCGAAUACCUCAAGGGCAUGGGUGCGGAGGCCAUCGUCAAGGUGAUUGUGUGCUGCGAGGACAUGCUGCGCGAGACGCUGUGGGAGUGCAUGCAGCGUCCAUCCAACGUGAGCAACCCCCCUCCUGGUACCGCAGGCAGGAUGCCGCGCAUUUGCUUCAUGUCGGGCAUGACGGGCCAAGAGGUGGUGACCAUUGUGCAAAGCUUCCCCGGAAUAGGGUUGGAGGACACCGCAUUCGCGGCGCUGGUGCCAAAAACCGCUGGCCAGAGCCUGGAGCAAGUCAUGGAAGAGGUUAUCGGAGAUCACGAGAGACUGGUAAGUCGAAAACGGAAAAGGAUCGAUUUAACUCGCGGCCAUACAAUCUUUCUCGGUUCUAUACAUCACAGAAGAAACAUUGACACUGAGGACGAUCACACCUUGGGAGGAGGAGGCGGGUAGCCGGGCUGGCCGGGUGGAGGAAUUGGGUAGCCGACCGCUGCUGGAGCUUGCAUGCUUCUACCCCUUUUCCCGCAGUAGUAGCACAAGAGCGCCAACAAAAGGAUGAAGAUGGCCACGAUGGGCAGCGGGAUCACAUACACAUACCGACCCAUAAUCGCAGAAAGAGCAAAAAUCCCUAGCUAGGAACAAGAGGAGAUCCACCGACCUUGCUUAAAAAGAAGGGAAAAAGAGAGUAAGCUUCGUAAGAA